UAUAACAAGCGAGACGAAGCGACGACGGUCAUGUCAGCGACUGCACCUAAUGGAAUCAACCAGCAGCAGUGGGCUACAACGUCAGCAGCAGCUAUGGCACUUCAGAAUGGUUCAAAUCGUCAUCGACCAUACUUUGGUCAGGCACAUUUUGUACGUGCGCCCAUGGUUGCUAAUAGAAUGAGCGGGGUGGACUAUUGGCACAAGAAUGGUGGCUCAGCCGCAGAUGCGAUUCGUCGCCAACAUCAGCAACAGCAGCAGCACUCGUACCAAUAUGAACGAGGAGGAGCGAUCGGUACAGCAUCUGCAGCAAGUGCUACGGUUGCAGAUGAGAUGGGUGAGCGGAAUAGACCUUUUUUCCAGCGGAACGAUAAAUGGCAACCGCGUGGGUCUCAUCCUCAAGCGCCUCCAAAACUGACACCGGCGCAGAGACGAGCACGAGGACCUCUACCAGACUGGGAUGAGUGUACCGGUGAUGAUGACAACUUUGAUUAUAUGGAUUUGAUGGAGUCUCAGUACGCGCAGUUCUACGCGGUCUCCACCAUCCCUCCAUUUGACCCUAGUUCCACUUGCCUGGAUCCUUCAUUGGCAGCUGCUUUUCCUGCUGCAAGCAUGAUGUUCCAGACGCAACAGCAAAUGGCUGCCCUCAGUUUUCGACAUUCUCAUCUUUCUCCCUUUAAUCCACAUCUACUUUCCCAUCCCCCACCUACUCUUGCUGCAGCACCUGCUGCUGUCAUUGCGGAGUCGCGCCCAGACAGCGUUGCAUCUUCACUCGCUUCCAAUAAUGUGCCCACAACGCCGAAUGCUUUAUUGUCUCCUGGCGCUACUGCUGCAGUUAUUACAAACAAAGGGGAAUUCAUUCCUGCUCCUAUCGUCACUCCUGUGGCUCUGCCUUUCAACGCAGCUUUUCCUUCUUUUCCAUCUCAAACACCAGUUUCGAAGGAAACUUUAAAAGACUGCGUCAGAUUCCAAAUAGAAUAUUACUUCUCAUCGGAAAAUCUUCAAAAAGACUUUUACUUGCGAAGAAAGAUGGAUGAGAACGGUUUUCUGUCACUGGCAUUAAUAGCUAGUUUCCCACGCGUCCGUACGCUCACUUCCAACAUUGAUCUGAUCACAGAAGCUUUACGCAGCAGUGACAAAGUGGAGCUUAGCGAAGAUGCUAAAUACGUUCGUCCGCUCGAUAAUCCUCAACAGUGGCCUCUUUCGCCAGCCAUACCCCAUUAUAUCGAUAAUAGUGUAGUUCAUCAAGUAGCUGCAGCAUCGUCAGCUGCGAACACAGUAAAUUCUGUAUCAUCGUUGAUGUCUCAGCAAGUUUCAUCGGCGUUAUCAGUGCAAACACCAGAAGCAUCGAAUUCUAAUUCCUUGAUACAAAGUGAAUUACAAUCGUCCCUUUCUUCAGAACCCAUGCAAAUUCAAAGGCAGGGGAGAAAUUCGGAGCAGCAUACUACUGAUGAAACCACCAAUGAAGUGGUAGUUAGUCGUUCUGUACCGCUUUCAGACAAAUCAGGUCCGGGUUCAAAUAGAGAUGGUCAUGUACUAGAGAGUGAUACGUGUGGCGAAAUGUCAGUCGUUCACAAAAAAAAUGAUGAAGAUAACGUUGAGGCCGAACUGAAUCAAGAGCAAAAUAAAGAUAUAGAAGUAGAAGAUUGGCAAGAAGUUAAAAGUCGAAAGCAUAGGAAGAGUAAAGCAUAUGGGAUGAUGGGCAAAUCAGCGUCGCGUCAUGCUGUUUUAUCGCCUCCUACACGCCGUGACAAUGACUUUCAUAGUGACAAUUUUUUUUCGGUUCCUGAGUUGCCAAGGCGGGAAAGGAGAAUGGUACCCGAGAAAGUUGUUAUGUCUGAUGAUUCUUCUGAAGAUAUUAGCGACACCAAUAUCAAGAAGCUGAUCAUUGUAACACCAUCUAAUAAAAAGCAGUUUGAUCGCACUGGGAAUUUCACAACUCGUACGAAGAUGAAUCAGAAUCUUUGGGAAGAAAUGGAAUAUGGGCUUAGGCGAUAUGAAAAUGAGCUUUGGAGUCGUCAUGAGAGUCGCUCGACUCAUGUUAAUAAAGUUGAGACGGUUUCGGAGGAAGAAUUCAAAGUGCUUAAAGGGGAAAAUAAAGCAACUAAUAAUAAUGAGCAGGAGCAUCCACCGAAAGUUUUUCCUUCUUCUAAUACAGUUCCAGAAGUUUCUUCAGUUUGGGCACAGAAGGCUCGUGAAAGAGCUGCUGCUAGUGCUGCUUCCAUGAUGUUGGAAGCCAAGAGCCCAGUCGCAAGACGCGAAUCAGAAUCUGGCGUGCUGUUGCCUCGUUUUUAUCCAGUAAAGGAAGAUGUUAUUCUUGAUUUAUCACAGCCAAGAAAGCACAAAACUCGUCAUAGUAUAGCUCCUCCAAUUGAAGUACCUGUUGGUUGGGUUUUUGGCACUAGCGCUAGAACAUUAUCAAUGAUGGCCGAGUCUUCACAGUCAACGAGUGGGCAAGUAGUAGCUGUUCCUGCCUUACAUGUGGCCAUGAGUUUAUUAAAAGAAAAUGGAUUCCAGGAAGAAGUAUACACAAAUUGGCGGCAAUCUUGUCUUCAGAAAAGAGAGCACUUAGGUUAUGGCACGGUUGAAAUGAAUACUUUCUUUCGUUUUCUAUCUUUCUUUCUACGAGAUCAUUUCAAUCGAAAAAUGUAUCAGGAAUUCAGGAAGUUAGCAAUUGAAGAUGCAGAAGCGGGUUACAGGUACGGUUUGGAGUGUCUAUUUCGAUUCUACAAUUUUGGUUUGGAACGUAAGUUUAGACCAAACAUAUACUUAGAUUUUCAAGAUGAGACAAUAAAUGAUAUUAAACGAGGUGAACUCUACGGGUUGGAGAAGUUUUGGGCUUUUUUGAAAUUCUACAAACAUUCGAGAUGCCUGGAGAUUAAUCCGUUUCUAAAGAGAAAACUCGCACAGUACAAAAAUUUGGACGAUUUUAAAUACGAUGUUGGUUUUUUUCCUGCUGUAGCAGCUAAAAAUGAGCUAUCGGUAGAUAGCAUGAAGGCAACUGCUCCUCCCAGGCGAUAA